AGGAGAACCGCUCCGGGACAGCACUUUUCCAGUCUAGGGAGAAAGAGGUGGAAGGGAGGGAGAUUGGGUGAGCAACGACUGUGAGAUGGGGUCUGAGCUUAUUUUAAUGAAACAUCGUUUGCUCUUUACUCUGAUAGUUUUCAGCAUUGCAAGUUCCAAGGUCCACUAUGGACUCGCUGCUCCUGUUCAAAAUCAAGGCAGUUUGUCCAAGAUGUUUCCCAGAGGCAGCCACUGGGCGGUGGGGCAUUUGAUGGGGAAAAAGAGUGUGGACGAUACGCUUUAUGGCUACACCAACAGUGAGAACGUGAUAUAUCCUAUUCUGUCAGGAAUUGCUAAGCAGCCAGAAGACAACGUGCAGUGGGCUGAGGUAGCCAAGCGUUUCCUAAAUUUGUGGGAGGAAACCUCAUCUACAAAUGUUCGGAAAUCAAGGGAAGACAUUCCCAUAUUUAACAAGCAACCUUUGCAAACAAAUGACUACAACCUCAAAGAGAUGGUGGAUUAUCUUCUGCAGUUUAUGAACAUGAAGGAUGAAACCCCAAGUUGAAGAUGCAAUAAGAAUUCAGUCACAAAUUAAUCUAGAGACUAUGGUGUUUUGUUUUUCUCCAAAUGUUUAGCUCCACCAAAUACCAGACUAAAUUGUUUUUGUUUUAAAAUAAAUGAAUGUUCUUGUACCUCUGUACAUUAACUAAAUGAUUUUCACACAGCAGAUUAUGUUUUGAUGUUUUUAAUGUAAAUAAGUGUACUAGGCAGGUCUUCCAAUAUAAAGAUCAUACUGUUAUUUAUUUUGAUGUUUUAUAAUAAUUCAGCUUUUGGUUUGCAGCUACAUUAUGAAUUAAAGAAAUAAAAUCUUGAUUCAUAUCA